AUGAUGAAAGGAUUUCUUUUCGCUGUUUUUGCUUCAACAAUAGCUCAAGCAUUGACAAAACAUCAUCGACCAGAGCGACAAACGGGAAGUGGACGAGUGGGUGAUGCGUGCGCUUUCAACACUGAUUGUCUCACUGGAAUGUUUUGCAAUGGAGGUCUUUGCUCAUGUUUGUCCACAUAUAUUGCAGCUGAAUCUUAUUGUUAUCAAAAGAUAGAUCCAGGGCAACCGGGUUGUGUUUACAAUGAACAAUGCAGCGCUGUUUGGCCAGAUGCUUUUUGUGACACCUCAGCCGGAGUGGGUACUUGCAGAUGUGGAGAGAAUAAAGUGGAAAGAGCGACACGAGAUGGACACGUUUGUCUUGAUAUUCAUGAUGCAAAUGAUAACACUCUUGCGAUCACUUGUCCACUCCCAGAAGGCGCUGGCUACACUUCAGCACUCUCCGAUCCAAGACACCCGCGACAGAAUGGAGGCCCGGGUCCAGUGCUUUGUAAUACGGAAAGCACUCUAACACAACAAGCAGCCGAAGAUAUGGGUGAUGGGAAUGCGGGUUGCCUUUUCCCAUCAGAUGGUUCGUUUAUGGCUGAUUUGUACGAUUGUGUGGAAUUUGUUUCCGUUAUGGAUUUAUCAACAGCUGGUUACUCGGAAAAAGCUAAUGGAAUCUGUUGUCCGAAUCGAGCAUUCACUUGUGUUCAACCGACAGCCACUGGCCCGAAUCCCACUGAGCCUCGUUGGUGGUACAAUGCAAUCACUGGAAUGUGUCAGCAAUUUCUUUGGGAUCCAACAGCGAGCGGUUCUGGCGAGCAUUCGCCAAACAAUUUCCGAACAGUUGAACAUUGCGAGAGUUUCUGCAGAGACGCUUGUUCACGGGGUGCUCCAGAGUACGAACAACGAUCAUCAUAUCUAGAAGAAGUUCCAGUAACUGGCUGCUCUCAAUCAACCUCUUGCACAUCGAGCUUUGAAUGUAAAACGGUUGGAAGUACUCAAUGGUGUUGUCCGACUGUUGGGUCGAUUUGUGGAGUGGUUGGUGGUCGUCCUUUAGAUCCAACUGCUCAUCUUCGAGGCACUGGCUAUCAUUCUGGAGUUGAGAAACAAGGAACCGCUCCAUCAACAAGAUUCUUUUAUGAUACGACUAGCGGGAAAUGUUCUCCAUUCACUUAUCUUGGAGCUGGUGGUAACUACAAUAAUUUCUUGUCGAGAAUCGAUUGCGAGCUCUUUUGUGCAAGAUUGCAAUGUGAUCGAGGAAACCCAUUGAGAAUCGGUGAUGUCACACAGCAAUGCCAAUCGAAUGCUGAUUGUCCGUCAUCGCAUGAGUGCAAGAUUGAUCAGGGUGUUUGCUGCCCGAGAAUGCAAACAAUUUGCACUCAACCACUCCGUGUUGGCAAUUGCGAUCGAUCGGUGCGAAGAUAUUGGUACUCAGCCACUACUCGAGAAUGUCAAUCGUUUGAAUAUACGGGAUGUCAAGGGAAUGAUAACAAUUUCGAGACUCUAGUCGAUUGUCAAACGUUCUGCAGGAACGCCGCUCCUGAACCUCGUUGUCUACAAGCUUUUACAUGCUCUCUCUCAUCUAACGCUGGAAAACAAUGUGGUCCUGGAGUAUCAUUCAAAUAUUAUUACAAUGCUCAAACUCAAGAAUGCGAAACUUUUGAGUAUCUUGGUUGUGACGGAAACUCGAACAACUUUGCGACUCGACAAGAAUGCGAGGGUUAUUGUGGAGUAGGAGGCUGUUCAAAUGGUGGAACGCCAUUGCGUGACUCGUCGGGUGCUUUGCAUACAUGUUCGGAAAGAGAUGGUGGAUGCCCGUCCACGCACGAGUGUCAAUCAGUUUCACUUGGUGGUGAUGUGAUUUCGAAUCGAUGCUGCCCAACGAAAAGCUAUAUUUGUGGACUCCCACCUCAACAAGGCUCCUCUAUGUGCUCUGGAGGACUCACUGUUGUCACCAGAUAUUAUUUCAACAUUGUCACGAAGAAAUGCUCACAAUUUGUCUACAAUGGAUGUGAUGGGAAUCCAAAUAAUUUCGCUUCAAUGCAACAAUGCAAUAAUUUCUGUUUAGCUGCUGCUUGUGGAGCCGGUGAUGUGGUUUAUUUGAAUCCAAACUCUCAGAUGCCGAUCACUUGCAAUGAUGAGAUGCAGAACAAUUGCCCGAAGAAUUUCCAUUGUGUUUAUGAUCAUUUGACCGAGCAAUCGGUUUGCUGUGGAGCCACGGAUAUGGCCGUUUGUCCUGAUGGAGAAAAGGCCUAUAUCAACAGUGUUGACAUGACGGUGCGAGAGUGUAUGAUCAACGAGCAUUCCUCUUGUCCCAGAGAUUACCUUUGUCGCUUCAAUGCUCAGAAAAAUCGUUAUUUCUGUUGUGGAUCAAUCAAGAAAAACUAUUGCCCACCAGGACGAGCUCCGUUCAAGGAUCAGCAAUCUUUACAAACACUCCGUUGCACGAUGCACGCCGCCACAAGCUCUUGUCCUGAUGGUUUUGCCUGUCAGAGUGAUCUCACAGACGCUCUUCAAGGAUAUUGUUGCUCUGUAGCUGAUAUUUGUCCAAAUCGGGAAGAGUAUUUCUUAGAUGAAUCAACAGGUAUGCCGAGGUCAUGCACUGUUGGCCAUUUUGUCACUUGCCCCACUGGAUUCAGUUGUAUGACUCAAUAUGAUGGCUUGAUUGGAUACUGUUGUCGUUCAAGAGGAGCGCCAAUGAUUGCAGCCACUGACGGAUGUCCGCCUGGAGAGAUUGUCUACAUGGAAAGGAAUGAAGUGGCGUCCUGUGAUCCAUUCAACCCGAUCAAUCAGGGUUGUCCAAACGGUUUCUCGUGUCAAUGGUCGAUCCGAACACAGAGAUAUCAAUGCUGUGGAGUGGAUCCCCUUCCAGCACCAAUUGAAAAUGAUGGGUGUCCCGCUCGACAGAUUGCGUUCACUGAUCCGGACACAAGGAAGCCAAAGAUUUGUACAUCGGCUUCUUUAUCUUGCCCUACUGGGUAUUUCUGUCAAUUCUCCACUCAGAAUAAACAAUUCCAAUGUUGUGGAAUCCCUUCCGAUUGUCCGGCUGUUAUGGUAGCUUUUAUCGGAAUUUCGGGGGAGCCUCAAGGCUGCUCGAUGAAUGGGGGAACAGCAUGCCCGGAUGGGUUCAGUUGUGUGAAAGGGAAAAGUGGCGGAGAGCUUUGUUGCGCCGGUGGAGAAACUUGCGACUCGUCCCAAGUGCAGAUCAAUGGCGUCUGCCAUCCACGGCAACCAGUCGGCGGCACUUGCGUCCACUCGGAGCAGUGUCUAGGUGGAGCCACGUGCAGGGAAGAGCAUUGCCUUUGUGGAAGUGGAGAGGUGGAAAAAGCCGGCAUCUGUCGUCGCCCAGAACCCCAAACACUAAAAUGCACAUCAACUCAAGUGCUGGUAUUGGAGGAGUGUCUACCGAUGGUUUCAUUGGGACGCGCUUGCGUUCACUCGGCCCAAUGUCGUGGCGGAGGCCGAUGCACUGAAGGAGUUUGCGAUUGUCCGACCGGCACUUACAGAAAGGGAGAUGAAUGUGUCGCAAGGCAGGAAGAACGACCAAAAGGCCGAUCAGUUGUCGAUUUGAAUAAAGAAGCGAAGACUGAACCCAAGAAAAACCCAGCUGCAACGAUGCCAAAUGUUUGCCCGACUGAAAGGCAACCAUAUUUGGUAAAUGGAGAAGCGAAAAAAUGCACUCAUGGGCAAACAUGUCCAGCUAGCUAUGCAUGCAUUUACUCAAAAACCGCUCGUCAUUACGUUUGUUGUAGCAGAGCGACUACAGCUUUAGCUAAUGCUGUGACAACAGAUUGGUGUCCUUCUGGUGAGCCUUUGUUGUUCCCAAUCAGUCGGCAGCCUGUCGUUUGCACAAGAUAUCAAAAGUGCCCGACUACAUAUGCUUGCUUGCGGAACGCGAAAAGUCGUCAAUUCUAUUGCUGUGCGGUUGAUGAGGAGAGUGUGAAAGGGAUGAAUGGUUUGAGAAAGAAAGGAGCUGCGUUGACGAUGAAGGAAUAUUUGAUGAAGUUGAAAAAAGUUUCUACAAAUUCGGCAAACGUUUUCCGGCAGGCUUACUCGAUGCAAUAUGCUCCGCCAAAGAGGCGACAAAAGGGAAAAGCUAAGCCAGGUCCAUGUCCACCGUAUCUCGUGAUGCUGGAAGUCGAGAUAAAAGGGAAAAUUGUGAAGAGAUGUCAGUCAUCGUGUCCAUCAACGAUGUCCUCAGUGAAUGGGAUUUGUAAACUGGUGCGAAAAAUGACUCGUUUCGGUCUUAUGCUCAUCUUCGUCUUCGCUUUUGUCGCUGUGAUCAUGGCCGGCUGUGAAGAUACUGGCAAAUACUGCGAUGUGUUGAAGAACUUUUGUCAUGAGGAAAAAUUCUCUCAUCUCACCUCAAAGUGUGCCAAGUCGUGCGGUUUAUGC